AUGGCGUGGCGCAGCUCCGGCACCUCCAACGCCGAACUGGUCGAGAACCUCCACCGCAACGGCAUGAUCAAGACCGACACGGUGAAGGCGGCCUUCCUCAAGGUCGACCGCGCCCACUACGCCCCCUCAUCCCCCUACAACGACUCACCCCAAUCAAUCGGCCACGGCGCCACCAUCUCCGCGCCCCACAUGCACGCCACGGCCGCCGAGCACCUCCUGACCAGCCUCACGGCGCCGCCGGCGGAGGGGGCGAGCUCGGGCCCGCGGCCCCCGCGGCGCAUCCUGGACAUCGGCUCCGGGUCCGGGUACCUGACGCACCUACUCGCGGAGCUGGCCGGGGAGGAGGGGACCGUCGUGGGCGUGGAGCACAUCUCCGCGCUGCGGGACCUCGGCGAGCGCAACAUGUCCCGGUCCGAGGAGGGCCGCGGCCUGCUGGCCAGCGGGCGGGUGCGGUUCCGGGUCGGGGACGGGCGGAAGGGGUGGGUUGAGCCCGGGGAGGAGCACGCCGGGUGGGACGCGAUCCAUGUCGGCGCGAGUGCUGUUGAGGUGCAUGAUGAGCUUGUCGCGCAGCUGCGGGCGCCGGGGAGGAUGUUCAUCCCCGUUGAUGAUGAGGAUGGGUAUGGGGGCCAGCACAUCUGGGCUGUUGAUAAGGACGGGGAGGGGAACGUCACGAGGAAGAGGCUGUUUGGUGUGCGGUAUGUGCCGCUGACUGAUCCGCCCAAGUGA